GCAAGUAUAUCAGGAGUCAAACUCAAUAUAUGUUUACCUUGAAGUUAGCAGGAUCGACUCUCAGUUGAAAGGCAUGCAGCUGGCUGAGGGAGCAGAGCCGGGUGACAGGUCGCUCCAGUGACUGAAGUAGGUCUUGGUCUGAGGAUAAACCACGAACAGUCUGCAAAAUGGGGAAAAGGCGAACGUGACAGAGGUUAUCGGAGUCAAGCGGAUCUAGAUCCAAAUCAACCCACGUUUGCAUCUUCAACAUGAAAAGACGAAAAGUAUGAUUCUCAUUCCUAAGAAGAAGAAGAAGACCAUAAACUGACAAGAUGGUCGUGUGGACUGAACAAGAGCGUGCCUUCAUCCAGGAGAUUUUUGGCAAACUUAAUUAUGAAGAGGCUGGUCCCAAAGCCUUAAGCAGGGUCUUGAUUGUCUAUCCCUGGACUCAGCGGUACUUCGGCAAUUUUGGAAACUUGUACAAUGCAGAGGCCAUCAUUAACAAUCCUAUGGUCGCUGCUCACGGAAAAGUUGUGCUUAAUGGACUUGAAAGAGCCAUGAAGAACAUGGACGACAUCAAGAACACCUACAAAGAACUGAGCGUGCUGCACUCCGAGAAACUGCGCGUGGAUCCUGACAACUUCAAGCUGUUGGCCGAUUGCCUGACUAUCGUGAUUGCCGCCAGCAUGGGUACCUCAUUCACACCUGAGAAGCAGGCUGCCUGGCAGAAGUUUCUUGCUGUUGUGGUCUCUGCUCUGUGCAGACAGUACCAUUAAGACCUUUAAACAUAUGGACUAACGUUGUGUCAGUCUAAAGCUUUGUAUCAAAAAUGAAUAAAUAAUAAUAAAUAAGACUUCAAUGCAACUUUGUCAU